AUGAGUAUGUGCAGACUUGAUGGUUGUUUGCAAACCUUUAUGGGAACUCUGUUAAUGUGUUCAAAAUCUGAAGUUAUUUUUCCCCUAAGGCACAGGGCUCUGUAGAAAAUCAUGGGCCUUCUACCUGCUAACAGUGUAGCUGCUGCGAACCACUCUGACACUCGUGUGGCAGGCUGCCUCCUCACUGGCAUCCCUGGGCUGGAGCACCUACACGUCUGGUUCUCCAUCCCCUUCUGCACCAUGUACAUAGCCUCCUUGGUAGGCAACGGCACUCUAAUUUGUGUCAUCCUCUCCCAGCCAAGUCUGCAUGAGCCCAUGUACAUAUUCCUGUCCAUGCUGGCCAGUGCUGAUGUCUUGCUCUCCACCUCUACCAUGCCCGAGGCACUGGCCACCUUCUGGUGCGGUUCUAGCCACAUUUCCUUUGAUGGAUGCCUCACCCAGAUGUUCUUCAUCCACUUCCUCUUUGUGGCUGACUCUGCUGUCCUGUUGGCUAUGGCCUUUGACCGCUAUGUGGCCAUCUGCUCCCCUCUGAAAUACGCCAUGAUCCUCACGAGUAAGGUCAUCAGGAAGAUCACCAUUGCCACCCUGACACGCAGCUUCAUCAUCAUGUUUCCAUCUCUCUUUCUCCUCAAGCGCCUGCACUACUGCCGGACCAACAUCAUUGCGCACACAUUUUGUGAGCACAUGGGCAUCGCCCGUCUGUCCUGUUCUGAUAUCUCCAUCAAUGUCUGGUAUGGGCUGGCCGCUGCUCUUCUCUCCACAGGCCUGGACAUCAUCCUUAUUGCUGUUUCCUAUGCCCACAUCCUCCGAACCAUCUUCUACCUCCCUUCUCAAGAGGCACGCUCCAAGGCCCUGAGCACCUGUGGAUCCCAUGUCUGUGUCAUCCUGCUUUUCUAUAUCCCAGCCCUCUUUUCUGUCUUUGCCUACAGGUUUGGUGGGAGAUAUAUCCCACGCUAUGUUCAUAUCCUCCUGGCCAACCUCUAUGUGGUCAUCCCACCUAUGCUCAAUCCCAUUAUUUAUGGAGUGAGGACCAAGCAAAUUUUGGAAGGGGCUAAGCGUAUGUUUUCAAAUCUACUCAAAGAUUCUAAAUAA